AUGUCAGGUCCGAUGUCCCUUGCCUCCGACGCGGUGACGAGCGAGGACACGUCCUGCGUGAACUGCAGGAAGAACCUGAUCCUGCUCAACAAAUGCAACUUUGUGAUCGAGCUCCUCGAGGCGACCAUCCAGAAGAAAGAAGAGGAGCUCAGAGACGCUGUUGCUGAAGCGAGGGCUGCAGCCGAUGUCUCUGCGAGGGAGACCCUCGGUCAGGAGUUGUGCACCAAAAUCCAAGAGGAAUGUCAGGAUCCAUGGCACUCAGCGAAAGAAGCCUUGCGCUCCUGCACCGGCAUCAUCCAGCGCUUUCAAGAGGAAUUUGUUCUGAUCCGAAAGUGCAUGGACAAUCUUGCGAUCAAGGUGGAGACACUGGAAGAGGCUGUGCACGACCUCAACAAACACAGCAAGGAACAUGGGCAGAUGCCUAGCGGCAGGCUUGUUCAAGAGUUCACCAUGGAGAUGGAUAGCCCUUCAAACUUGCGGGGCGAGGUUCUCGAGGCUGAAUCAGCCACUUCACAGGCUCUGGGUCGGCAAGUGGAAGGGAAAAGAGACUCAAUGGCAUCCUUGUGGAUUUCUCUGCAACAAAGAGACCAGGACGUCGUGAUGCUGAACCGUAUGCUCAGACGGCUUGAUGAAGUUGCCUGCAGUCCUGUCGACUAUGGCUACCAGCGCAUUCAGAUCUAG